AUGGCGCUCUUUAGCGGACGAACCCCCGAAUCUUUGAUCCCUCGAUCGGACUCGAGAAAUCCCGCCACAACAUGCAAAGGCAUUACAAAGUCAGGACGGCCGUGUAGACGUGCGAUCGAUGCUAAAGACUCAUCCCGGAAUAACGGCGUACUGGCGGUCGCGUCAGUCAUAAGUGAUGAUGACGACGAGGAGACAGGUGCAGCAGCGUUCUUUUGCUGGCAGCAUAAGGAUCAGGCAGAGCAUCUCGUAGCUGCGGACGCUACAGGACCAGGUGCGCAGGACACGCAACUGUAUCCUCUGCAAGAAAGGAACAGUAUAGACACAUUAGUGGCACGCCUUGUAGUGCUCGAUUUGGUGGAGUCGGCACCCGCACCAGAGCGAAGACGCAGGCAGAGUAGGCCAGAGGGCCCCGCAAGUAGACCACCACGAAGAAUCAAUAGGCCGCCCACUUGGGAACAAGUUCAAGGGCCUCUGAUGUCGGUUCCGAGCGACGUUAUGGCAGAGAGGAGACGCCGAGCAGGCCAACGAUUAGAGGCUAGACCACAACCGAAGAAGCAGGGUUUCUGGGCAUCACUGUGCUGCGGCGCCGCAGAUGAGGACUAUGUGGAGGUAGUGAGACAUAAGAGAAGGACACAAGAACAGCCAGUAGCUCUGCCUAUGACUGAAGCUCCGCGACCACAAGGACCACCGCGAACAUACCAAGGUCGACCUAGCAAUACCUCAAUUCCUAGCUCGGCGCCACGUCCAGCUACCGAUAACGUGCCUGAACGAAAGCCAUUGGGCGACAAACCUGCUCGACCGAUCAACAAGACCUCACGGCCAUCGGAGACCUCGAAGCUUCUUUCAUAUAUCCCUAAAUCAGUAUCUCCGCAGACAACAUCGACGCUCCUUACCGAGCUAUCGAAGCCGAUCUCUGAUCAUGACGAAGAAGGGUACAUCUACAUCUUUUGGCUCACUCCCGAGACCAUGGGGCCCGCUCCAUCGUCUACAGCAUCAAGCCUACUCGCUCCGCCAACACGUCCCGAGCAAGGCCGGCGCACUUCAGACGUGCUCCGACAGUACUCUGUGCGUCGACCGCAGCGUCCGCGUCCAGAUGCUGUGCGACAACGACCAGGCGAAACAUCCGCCAACGACACGGAAGAGAAGAACACCAUCCUUCUCAAGAUCGGUCGCGCAAACAACGUGACCCGCCGCAUGCACGAGUGGACACGCCAAUGCGGCUAUAGCCUCUCACUUGUGCGAUACUACCCAUACGUGCCCUCGACGCCGUCGCCAUCACCACAAGCAUCGCCAGCUGGUUCGCGGCGUCCAUCGUACAUUAACCAGCGUCCUUCGGAUCCUUCGCGACGGGUUUCAGAGGGCGUGAGAAAGGUACCGCAUGCGCAUCGUGUGGAGCGCUUGAUUCAUAUUGAACUCGCUAGUCAACGAGUGAUGAAGAAGUGCGAUGCGUGUGGGAAGGAUCAUAGGGAAUGGUUUGAGGUGGAGGCGACAAAAGAGGGGGUAAAGGGCGUGGAUGAGGUUGUCAAGCGGUGGGUUGAGUGGGCUGAAAAGAAGGAUGAUCGAUAG